CAAACUGUGACAACUGACAGCUCUGCAGCCCCAGCAGUGCCACCUGUCAGUGUUCAUCAGUGCCAGCUCUCAGUGCUCAUCCAUGCCACCUGCCAGUGCCCAUCAGUGCCACAUCAAUGCCACGUAUCAGUGCCUACCAGUGCACAUCAAUGCCACAUAUCAGUGCCCAUCUGAGCUGCCUUUCGGUGUCACCCAUCAGUGCCAGUCAGUGUCAGCUAUCAAUGUCAAUCAGUGCCACCUAUCAGUGUGCAUCAGUGCCGCCUAUCAGUGCCCAUCACUGCUGCCUAUCAGUGCCUCCUAACAGUGCCAGUCAGUGCCAUAUAUGAGUGCUGCCUUUCAG